ACAAGACCAGAAGAAUCCACUUGCUUUACUCUCAGAGUAGAACAACAAGAAUCAUUCCAAGAUGAAGACUCUCAGUGUUGUUCUUGCAGUGGCCAUUAUUCUGGCCUGUAUGUAUCUUCAGGAGAGCUCAGCCAGUGGAACACAAGAGCUGGAGGAGGUGAUGAACAGUGACAGUCCAGUUGUUGCAUACGACGAGAACUUUGAGGGAUCCUGGAAGAUGCCGUAUACCAACAGACACAAGCGAGGCUUCAAGUGUCGCUUCUGCUGUGGCUGCUGCACCCCUGGUGUUUGUGGACUGUGCUGCAGGUUCUAAGUCCUGCAACAACUUUCAUGAAAUCAUCAUUCAUGUGUCAUUUUUUUAAACCACUGUCAUUGUGUUGAAUUGAUGUUUUUGUUACAUCAUCAACAUCAGAUGUAAAUUGUACAUGUGCAAUCAAUAAAC